AUGAGAUCCAUCAUUUUUUUGGAUAUUUAUUUGCAAGAUCUUAAAUGCAAACAUGGUAGAGAGGACUAUUCAGUAGGCAGUGAGGCCUUUUAUUUAGAUCUAGGAGAGUCAUUUAGCAGGAGAACACCUAAAUGGAUAGAAAGAUCAAAAGCAAAUGUUGAACUAAUGCAUAGUUCUGUGUGUAAAACAGCCAGAAACUCAUUUAUAUUCAUUGGAGGAACUUACAAAAAUAAUCAUAAUCCAGAGAGAGAAAAUCCACUUAUUGAAUAUAACCAUGAAUAUGAUAUAUGGCUUUUACCUUAUACUGAAGAACCUUUUGAUUGGCGAAUAAAUACUCAAUGUGUUUCGGAUAAUAAAGGAACUGCUUAUAUUUUUAGUGGAUAUACCCAAUUUAUUCCAACUAACAAUAUUAUGCACAUAUUAGAUACAGUUAAUAUGAUUUGGUCAACAGGCUCAAUAGAAAAUGCACCAUCAUAUAGACAUGGAUACACUUCUACUAUGUUAUCUAAUGGUUUAAUUGUAUAUAUUGGAGGAUGCAAUGAUUCUGAAUGUAUACCAACAAAUCUGAUAAAUGUUUAUGAUACAAAAAUUAAUAAAUGGUCUUUAUUUAGCACUAGAGGUCAAGAUAUUGGUUUUCGUGAAUAUCAUUCUGCAGUCUUGGGACCAAAUGAUUCUAUAAUUAUAUUUGGUGGUUAUAAUUAUCAUAAUCAUAAUCAUCAUAAAUUUCCAUAUCCUCAUUUAGCAGUAUUAAAUACUGCACAUGCCUCUUGUGAAUGGUCAACACCAAAAAUUUCAAAUAAUGCUGAUACACCCCCAUUGCUUUAUGGACACAGUGCAACCUCAAUUGACAAAUAUAUGAUAGUUGCAUUUGGUUAUAUAAAUUCUAAAAUCAAAACUAAAAAAUACAAUAAACAUUUAUAUAUUUUUGACAUGGAAUCUUAUAGCUGGGUUGAUAAAUUUAUUGUGUCAGAAUCACUACCAAAACAACCAUCACAUUUUCCUGUUAAUCCUUAUUAUAACAAAUUCAUUAAUCUUUUUGUCAUUAGAUCUGUGGCAAUUUUAACUUUAGUUGUUGGACAUAUUUAUAUGAAAAAUGGUUCCUUUCCAAAUAUUGUGGCAACACUUAAUGUUAUUGGAGUUUUAGGAUUGCAUGUGAAAUGUACUUGGAGUUAUGAGAAAAAUAAAAAUAUAUUGCUUAUGCUUCUUGAAGAAGUAUUUGUUCAUGAUCCUUUGAUAUUAGAUUUGUGA